AUGAUCAAAUCUAACAAUCUCCGGUGCAAAAACCACUUUACAUAUAUAGAGGAUAGGAAGCUUUCAGACCUUAUAAACAACUUUGGAUGUACUGAUUGGAAUGAAAUAGCUGAUAAAAUGCCUGGAAGAAACGCUAGACAGUGCAAAGAAAGAUGGGAAAAAUAUCUUUCUCCAACUGUAAAUAAAGGUCCAUAUUCGUAUGAAGAAGACCAAACAAUACUUGAACAAUAUGAAGUUUAUGGAUCACAAUGGGUAAAGAUUGCUUCUCACUUGAAAGGACGAAGCGAUGCAUCAGUUAAGGCCAGAUUUAAAUUACUAAUGAGACGUAAAAACUCGACCAAGCGUGCAAAGAGUAGAGAACAAUUUAAUAAAUCAGAGUUUAAUCAUUUUGACCAAUCAGAUGUUCCAAAUGAAGUAUAUCAGGAUGAAAAAUUUGAUAAUUCACUUAGAAAUCAGGAUUCUUUAUCAGAUGAUCCAUCAGAGUACUUUACAACAUACGAAGUUUUUUAA